GCCGGCCCUUCCGGUAUCAUCGCAGCCAAAACAUUCCUUCACAAUGCCCGCGAGGGUGCCUUCAGAGUCACCUUGUAUGAGUCGAAGAAUGACGUCGGCGGAUUGUGGCCGACGUCCAAGACGGACAGCGAACGCAUGAUCCACCCCCUCAUGGUGACCAACCAGAGCAGGUACACGAUGCACUUCAGCGACCUUGCCUGGGAGGACGAUGCGCCCCAGAUGCCCACGGCCUGGAUGGUGGGCCAGUAUCUUCACAGGUACACGAAGCGCUAUCUCAGCAGUCACCCUCGGUUCCAUCUGCACCUGGGCACCCGAGUUCUUUCUGCUGCACCCUCACCCGAUGGCUGGGAAGUUGCUGUCGAGACAGGGGACGGCGUGAGAUUGCACUGCUUCGACCGUGUCAUCGUCGCCUCUGGAUUCUUCGGGGAUCCUGUCGUGCCCGGGUGCCUCGAUAAGCCGAUGGGUGAUAUACCCGUCGUCCACAGCAGUGCCUACCGUGAUCUCGAGGGUCUGCUGGGAAGCGGAGAACCCGGUGGCGGUAAGAUCCUGGUGGUUGGUGGGCAGAUGUCGGGCGUCGAAGUUGCCAACACCAUAGCUUGUCACCUUUCCUCGGCCGUAAACUCACCAGAUGCCUCGGGCAUUCGUGAUGUUGACAAGUACAGGGUCGAACACAUCGUUCAGGAUCCUGCAUGGGUGUUCCCGUAUCUGACCAGCCCCGAGCCGACGAAGAAGGACCCCCACUUCCUGCCCAUCGACUUUUCCUCGUAUAACCUCAACAACAGACCGCAACCUCUCGUCAACUCUCAAGGUCACAUCAGCGAGUCGGCGUCGUACAGAGCUCAUAGCGUCUUGGAAGGCAUGCUUGGAAUCGACCAGACCUCGAUCGCCGGGCUCACGGGUGGCGCACGCGACAUGGCGAGAUCCAGGCCGCCAUACGUAGCGGUCAGCGACACGUACUGUGACUUUACGCGCCAGGGACUCAUUGUUCACUCUCGAGGAAAGCUCGAAGCGUUCCACGGCACCUCGGCCUCUGUAGUCUGCGAGGGAGUCGAGAAGGAGGUGCAGAACGUUGCUGCGAUUGUUGUGGCCGCCGGGUUUGACGGGUCGUCCGGCCUCGAUAUCCUCUCGCAGGCUGUUCUCGAUAAGCUCAGCUACUCCCCCAGGCAUCCCAACCAGCCCGUCGCAUUAGCUUUCCAUGGUACGCACCAUCCCGAGGUACCUGGGUUGGGCUUUGUGGGCUACUACCGAGCUCCGUAUUGGGGCGUGAUGCAGAUGCAAGCCAGGUUCCUGUCCCGGUACUGGAGCCCACCGCAGACCAGACCCGACCACCCGACAUCGUCUAAACUGACGGAGAAGCUCGCCCUUGACGACUCCAUCUCCCGUACCCUGGACCUGCGCGACGAUCCUCGAUGCUCCCAGUUCCCCAUGGGAGACUUCGUCUUCAUCGUCCAGGACAUUGCCGACGCGCUGGAGCUGCCUAUGGAGACGUCACUUCCCGAGGGGCUGCCUCCGUUGGCCGACAAUGGUAAACCGAUCGACAUGGUGGUACCCGCCAGGUACGCGGACGAAACGGACAGCCUCGAGGCCAGGAAUGAGACGCACAAGACGCUCGAGGCGACCAAGCAGGCUAUCCUGACCGGCCUCACGACGCCCAGGUCUGUCGCCCGUGCCGUCUUCCGCAGUCUCUUGGGAACAUGGAGACUGAGGCGUGAGCUGAAAAGCCAACUGCCGACGCACCCUUCCGGGACCUUUACCGGGGAAGCGAGAUUCCUGCUGCGCCAAAGGACAGAAGACGGCCUCCGAUGUACCGGCGAUGCUCCUCCAGCCAGACCUCUUGGCUCGACGUCGCCCGACCAGCUAGAGUAUCUCUACAUCGAGGAGGGCAAGUUCACGUCGUCCAACGGAUUCACAUUCUCAGCCAGUAGACGGUACGUUUGGCGGUACGACGAGGCGACAGAUAAGAUGAGCGUCUGGUUCGUCAAAGACGGCGACAACAAGCGCACCGAUUAUCUGUUCCAUGAGAUAGAGUUUAUGCCGGGAGCGGGGGCAGAGGGCUGGCCCGCAAAGGCGGACCAUCUGUGCAUCGACGAUUAUUACGAGGUAAAUUACAGUUUCAUCUUCGAGGCGGUAAAUGUGGCUACAUGGACGGCUGGGUAUCGGGUGAAUGGUCCGAACAAGAAUUAUUCGAUUCGAGGAACUUAUGACAGAUGCUCAGCCCCAGCUGUCGAUGGCUAG